AUGAGGAGGAGACGCGAGACACAAAAGCGGGGCCCGAGGGGAAGUGGCGCCCGCUCAGCCCCCGCGCGCCGCGGGGCGCGCAGCCAUCGACGCCGCCUGGGCAGCGGCCGGCAAACUUUUGCGAGGCUGGCUCUCCGCGAGUGCCCGGGCCCGGGAGGGGGCCCUCCGCAUACUUCCGAGCGGGCUGUGCCCGCGCCGGUCCCCAGACGCCGUCUGCCUUUUUUCCUCCUCCCCACUUUUUGGCUCGGCUGCCCCCGGCGGCGCUCAGAGUCCCGCCCCGGCCGCUCCCCGCCCCCUCGCGGCGGCUCCCACUGCGCGACUUUGUGGCCACCAAAAGGAGGGGGUGCGCGCCCAACAAAGAGACCGGACUCCAGGCGGCGCCUCCGCGCGCGGCCGGCCGGGGUAGUGGAUGGGCGGGCACCGGCUGGCCCGGCCGGGUGUGGGGGACAGCGGGCCGGUGCCACUGACGGGGCUGCCGAACCUCGGCCGCCGCCGCCUCCCACCCAACUUACGUGUCACCCACGGCCCCGCUAUUCUGGCCAACGGGAUUCCGGGAGGAAGUCCCACUCGGGCUCCCCGCUCAUUGGGCCCGUCAGAGCCGCCGCUCCCUCCCUUCGGGGAGGCAGUGCGGGGCUCGAUUGGACGCCCGCUUUGUCCGUCCGACCCUGGGGCCGCGCCUUCCCUCCCACCGCGAGAGCCCGCGAGGGGCUCCGUGGGCAGCGCGGCCGCCUGGCGCCGGGGUGCGCCCACGUGGAGCGCGGGUGGGUGGGGAGAGCCCGCCGAGCCUGGGGCGGGGAGGUUGGGGUGCCCGGGCGACGUGUCCCGGCUUGCGGCUGGGCGAGCCAGUGGGCAGGUGCAGCAGACACACGGGAUGGCUAUACCGGCAGCAUAAUGGCAAAGCCUUUGUUUUGUGUGCGGAUCUGUUGUUGGUGGGAGCUCAGCUUAGCCGCUGAAGCCAAAGAACAUCGUUCAGAUUCCAGUCUCUGCUUCACUGAGUGGGGCAAGAUCUUCAGGAUAUUUGUAUGGGAGACUGAGAAGUUCAAGAUCUGUGGUCAGCAAGCUGGAGACCCAGAAGAGCUGAGGGCAAAUUUCCAAUUGAAGUUCAAAGGCCUGUGAACCAGGGGGGCAGCUGAUAUGUGUCAACCCAACUUUGAGUCCAAAGGUAGAAGACUGAUGUUUCAAGUU